AUGGGGGAGAUUAGUGUAUACGUUGAUCACCACAAUGAACCUCUAUUUGACUGGAUUGACGAACAGAAAGCAGAAGAAGGUAUUGAUAGUGAAAGCUCUGAUGAAGAUAUAGAUUCAGUCAUGUCUGAUGCUCUAUCUGUUCAUCUUGAACUCGAUGAAGAGGUAGUACAACCGACUCUCACUGGUGAUCCUUUUCUCAGCCAUAUUAGUGUUAUCCCUAGAGAUGAUGUUGUUGAUGUGGAUGACGAUUCAGAUAAUGGAAACAAACAAGUCCCGAUUUUUCAUUUUCAUGAACCAAAUCAAAAGUAG